AUGGACCGUCUCACAGCCUUCCAGCAGCAUUUUCCAGCGACAGAUGUUAAGGCUUUCCGAGCUCAGCACGAGACUAGACGCCUUGACAAACACAUCGAGGCCGACUGCGGUUGGACCACAUCCUCCGUCAAGAUACGUCUUCCACCGGCCAAUGUUCCAGCUGACUGUAGUCAGGAGGACGCUGCACCCACACUCACGGUCGAUAAAGUGGUUCACCGCUCUAUCAUCGACAUCGUGACCGAUGUUUACAGUAACAAGGAGAUCGCUCCCACCCUCCAUACGACUCCCUUCGAACUUCGCUGCAAGUCGGUGGAUGGUUCGUCUUCGGAGCGUAUUUAUGGGGAGCUUUUCACCUCUCCCGCUCUCCUCGAGGAACAUGCUGCUAUCCAACAUUUGCCCGACAUUCCUGAUGACGGAUUUGAGCGCAUUGUGGCGCCAAUCUUACUCGGAUCAGAUGCAACACAUCUUGCUCAGUUUGGUGAUGCUUCGCUUUGGCCGUUCUACAUGAUGCUCGGCGCCCAAUCAAAGUACACCUUAGCUCGACCGUCUGCGCAUGCAUGCUAUCAUCUUGCUUAUGUUCCAUCGCUUCCCGACGACUUCCAAGAUGAAUACCGCCACAUUUUUGGGGACAAAGCCCGACCCGAAGUUCUUACCCACUGCAAGAGGGACUUGUUCCAUGAAAUAUGGAACCUACUCCUUGACGAGAAGUUUAUGGACGCGUACAGAAACGGAAUCUUGGUGGAUUGUGGCGAUGGUCGACGACGUCGUAUCUUUCCUCGGUUUUUCUCCUAUACAGCUGAUUAUCCGGAGAAGGUACUCAUUGCGACGAUCAAGAACCUUGGGCGAUGUCCGUGUCCGUCCUGCUUUGUCGAAAAAGCCAACAUCCACAAGAUGGGAACAAAGCCCGAUAUGAAGACGCGUGAGAAGGAUCUUCGUGUCGACGAUGAGGACCGGCGAUUUGACAUAGAGACUGCACGGCGUCUCAUCUUCGAGAGCGGAGUUCGCAUCAACUCUGAAAGAAUUGACACGGUUCUCGGCGGAUCAGGAGUACCUACACGGAAUGCUUUCUCAAAGCUUGCAUUGGUUAACGAAUUCAACAUUUUUGCUAUACUCCUCGUUGACCUCCUACACGAAUUUGAGGCCGGUGUUUGGAGGGCCAUCUUUGCUCACCUGGUCCGUUUACUCAUUGCUAUCAAAGGAACUGCCUUGGACGAACUUAACGAACGGUGA